AUGGGGAGCUUGGAGGGAAUCCCCUUAGGACUGGGUGGCGAUGAGGAGCUCGGAGGGAUACCCUUAGGACUGGGUGGGGAUGGGGAGCUCAGAAAGACAUUUCGAUGUGGUACGAAGAACCCCGGACAAAUAUACACCAACAUUCGUGAGCUGACCGUGAACUUUCUUCGAGGAGUUAAUUUCUCCACUUACAAAUUUCAGUUCCUCCUCACCAGCAGUAAACCUUUGCCUGUUAUACCAGAUGCCAAUUCUAACCCGUCUGAAGUGGGACUGAUCGUGGGAAUAGUAGCAGGCGUCUUCUGUUUGCUUCUCAUUAUCGCCAUCUUGGGUGUAUGCUGCCACCGCCGUGCUAAGAAGGCCCAAAUUCUAUAUAAGGCCAACCAGGUGAAGCAGCCUCUGGGUAACCAGGGGAAACAACCUACUAGUGCUGGGUUUACAAAUAAUGCAGUACAAAAUGGCUACACACAUGAAUCAUCUCCAAGAGCCAAGACAAAACUACUGUCAGAAACCGAGGGUUCCAGCAGCCCAAGCUCCCGGCCCAAGACUCUUAAUUUCCAUUCUAGUACUAAAUCUGAGGAGAGGAGGGAUGGACAAGGAAGAGCUAAAACAAGUAUGGACUAUCAUGAUGAUGAUGACACUUAUGAUAAGACAGAAGAUAUGAAAAGACCUCCAAAAUCACCCUUUUUGUCUGCUUUAUCAUCUAAUGCAAAGUUCACAGCAUCAAGUGCUUCUAACAACAGAGAUGCAGAAGACAGGGCCAAGAGGAUCUCUUCUACGUCCUCGUCUGUGGGGUCAUCAGGUGCCUCCCUAGACAACCGACCUCCUCUUCCUGUUGUACCCGUGUCCAAAUCUCCGGGCAGUAAGCGGAGAAACCAUGCCAGUAUCCGCAGGGCGUAUAGAACAACCUCCUCCUCUGAGGAGGAAUUUAAUCAAAUGGCAAGUGCCAGUGCCGUCAGAGAUGACAGUGGCCCCUCAUCAAAUGAGAUAUCCUCAAAUAAGGACGAUCAGAAAGCAAACACCAAACAUUCCCUCAAACCUGACAAGGGCAAGAAAAAAGGAAACAAAAAGGACAUGAAACUGGAGGAUUAUGAACCCACAUCAGGAAACUUUCAGAAAAACACAGCAAGGGCUAGCAAGCGAGCCCAGAAAUCUCCGCGCCUUGGUAAUCGUAAUGAUGGGUUUGGUCACCGGAGGAAAAGGAGUGACGGGCGGAGUGAUGGUGAGGAAUCGAGACCAGGAACACCAACCAGCAUGUAUGAUUUGGAAUCACUACCUCCGCUCACCCGGUCGUCAUCCCGCCAGUCUCUCUACGCUUCUCGCUCCUCCCUGUACCGGCGCCGGGGCAGGAAAGGCUCUUACUCAGAGUCUGUCGCAUCAACUUAUAUCCGUGAUGACAUGGAAAUUGGACGCCAUUCUCGUUCCUACUCCCAGGACUAUGACGAUGAUGAGACAGAUGGUGGUUAUGAGAGACCAAUCAGUCGCUAUGAAAAGGAGAGAGUGUUUCGCUCUAUGGGUGAACUUGGGAGAGAGACUAAGGAAAGAUCAACCCAGACGCUGCGUGAGACAGCUACACAGACUGGACAGGAACAGUCUGACAUCAUGCAGCCAAAACGUGUGGUUAAGAGAAAGAAAAGAUCAAAGUCAAUGUCUGCUGUGGCUACACAGACUACCAAAGACCUCAGGAAGACAGAAAAGGCAGAAACAGAGGAGAGUCGAGAGAAAUCCAAACCUAAACCCAAACCCAAACCCAAACCAAGGAAGUCGACAAAUUCUGUAAGCACAGUCGCUGCAGUAGAUGAAUCUGAUGACGGUAAGAAGAAGAAGAAAAAGAAAAAGCGAGCUAAAUCACGUGAGGAUUUGUCACACGCAGAUAAGCCCAACCUGCCACAAGGUGAGCAAUGGUUACCAGCUCAACAGUUGUCGGGUCAGCCCUACCUCCAAAACAUGCACCCGGGAGUUCCUCAGAUGGUGCCCGAUGGGUACCCUGGAGCAGCACCAGGUAUGCCUAUACAGCCCUAUACAGCUGGUUAUCCUGGUGGCGCUGUACCGUACAAUGUCAAUCCACAGACUGGCUACAUGAUGCCACCACAGCCAGGACAACCAAUCCUGCAGCAAGGACAACCCAUUCCACAGCCAGGACAACCAAUCCUGCAGCAUGGACAGCCCAUUCCACAGCCAGGACAACAUGUUCCACCCCAGUCUGCUCACAUCCCCGGCAAACCUCGCAAGUCCAACUGGGAUGUGCUAUGUUCGUUAACGGAUAGUGACCACCAGCAGAAACAGGCAGCCAUGACGGAGACUGGUUCUAUAGCUAGUUCAGUGUUCACCUACAACUAUCCAUCAAAUGUAGGGCACCCUGGAAUUCCAGUUGUUCCCGCUCACCCACAGCAGGCAGGGGUUGUUAACCAGGCCUACUCAAAUAUAGCUUACCCUGCAGCCACAGUGGCAGCCGUGCCACACACAGACACAAUGCAGCGUGUGCCACCAUCAUACAUGGAUGCAAUUAAUAUGGAUGCCAUGUCAGGGCCACCAUCAUCAGGGCCACACUCCAAUAGUCACCAUUCUGGAUCCCCUUCCCAGUCUGGGAGUGAUUCCGGCUUGCCCCUCAUCCAUAAUGACACAACUAACCUCCUGCCCAAGAAGUCAUCAUGGGAAGUAUUGAAGGAGAUCACAGACAAUCAGCAGAAUGAAAGUGUUGUCUGAAGACUGUUUCCAUGAUCACCCAUUUAGUGUCAUUAUGUGAGCAUUAUCAUAUGAUUUUUUUUUUCAAAAAUAGGAAAUAAGUUAAAAUAUAUGCAUAUAUUAGUAAAUGUUUGGGCAUGAAGGAUUAGCUCAAGCUGUAUGUACUCUGUCUGGUAGCGGGAGAAUGGUUAAAAUGUAUAUACUGCUUGAAUUCAAGGCUUUAUAUAGAUUUUAUGCCCAGCUCAAUUAUAUCGGGCAUUGAUUUAGCCAGUGACUUUUUUACUAGCAAGAAUAGUUUGCGUAAAAUAAGUCAGUAGGCCAGUGACUUUUUCUCUAUGCUACUAAAGCCAUCGCGAAACAGCCAAGACCCGAGAGAUUUAGCCAGAGGCUUCAGGGUCUGGUGAAGGGGACCUGUGUUUUUUCUUAUUUCAACAUUAUUUCUCAUUCUGUUAAUUAAUCAUAAAUAACAAGUAUGUCUUUUUCAUGUUUAGAUACAUAAUUCCUGUUGGUAGUCUCACCUAUAAAUUUCCCAAAAAUGCCAGCAAAUUCUCCUCAUUAAAAAAAUAUGGACCCUUCUUAAAUCCUUCAGGUAAUUACAAGAUAAUAUUCCUGUUUCAUAAUAACCCCUAUUAUCAGUUUCGAUAAUUUUCGUAACAUACAUCACCACACAAUACACUGAAGUUGUCUUGUUUUAACCACAGAUAUAUAGGAUCUUACGUGAGUUUCCUUUUCAUAUGAGAUUUAUGAAACUAGUCUAAGAAUUUUUCAAUUUAACAGCCUCUGGCGAGCU